UUCGCUUCGCUACCUUCGUUUCAUUCCUGAUUCCUCCCAUUAAAUGCACCUCGCUCUCUCUCCUCCUUUCCGUCACUACCCUGGGACAGGAACCGAGCCUCCUCCCUCCUCCCUCCCCUCUCUCUCAAAGCCUCAGGCCUCAGCACGCAGCAUCCGCAGGCAGCAGCACGCAAAUCUUCUUCCCUACCAGUACCACCCCGCGCCGCGGGCUAGCUGUACUGUAACAGCCGCCCAGCUGCUGCCGAGGGAGGCAUUGCUGUACCGGCAAGCCGCUCAGCUGGAGGUCUGGUUGCUUGUCUGAUAUAUACACAUGAAGAUGCUGCUAAUUUAAUAUCCCCAUUUGGAGAUUCAUCAGAUGGAUUAUCUCAAUCUUAGAAGCCCUUUCCAUCUUCUGCUCUCAAUACAAUUGCUGCUAUCUGUUUUCAGCCCCUUGGUUGUAGCGGAUCUAGCCUCUGAGAAGCAAGCCCUUCUUGCCUUUGCCUCUACAGUCUAUCAUAGCAACAAGAUCAAUUGGGAUCAAAAUACAUCAUUAUGUUCAUGGCAUGGUGUAAAAUGCUCAGGGGAUCAGUCACACAUUGUUGAAUUGAGGGUACCAGCUGCUGGUCUUAUUGGAACAAUUCCUCCAAACACUCUUGGCAAGCUUGAUUCUCUCGAAGUAUUGAGCCUGCGGUCUAAUCGUUUAUCUGGCAGUCUUCCAUCUGAUGUGGCCUCACUUCCUUCUUUGCGUUCCAUAUACCUACAGCACAAUGAACUUUCAGGAGAGUUGCCUUCUUUCUUCAACCCCAGUCUCAAUGUAAUGGACCUCUCCUACAAUUCCUUCACAGGAGAAAUUCCUGCAAGUCUACAAAACCUUACUCAGUUAUCUGUGUUAAAUUUACAAGAUAAUUCUCUCAAUGGAUCCAUCCCUGAUCUCAAACUCUCAAGUCUGAAACUAUUAAAUCUGAGCAACAAUAAACUGGAAGGCCCAAUUCCUCGUUCGCUCCAAAUAUUUCCAAAUGGUUCAUUCUUGAGGAAUCCUGGACUGUGUGGGCUACCUCUAACCGAAUGCUCAUUUCCUUCACCAACACCCUCACCUCAAUCAUCUUCAUUGCCAGGAUCUCCAACUUUGCCACAUCAUGAGAAGAAACUAGGCACAGGGUUCAUAAUUGCACUUGCUGUCGGUGGAUUCGCAAUAUUGAUGCUAGUUGUGGUUGUGUGCUUUUCAAAGAGGAAAGGAAAGGAAGAUAGUGACAAUGGUAAGGGAACUACCGCCAGGAGUGAGAAGCCGAAACAGGAAUUCAGUAGUGGUGUCCAAAUUGCUGAGAAGAACAAGCUGGUUUUCUUGGAGGGUUGCACCUAUAGCUUUGACUUGGAGGAUCUACUGAGAGCUUCUGCAGAAGUCCUUGGCAAGGGGAGUUAUGGAACUGCUUACAAAGCUAUACUCGAGGAUGGCACUGUCGUGGUUGUCAAGAGAUUAAAAGAUGUUGUGGCAGGGAAAAAAGAGUUUGAGCAGCAGAUGGAGCUCAUCGGGAGGUUGGGCAAACAUGCAAACCUUAUCCCACUCCGUGCUUACUACUAUUCCAAGGAUGAGAAGCUUAUCGUCUAUGAUUAUAUUGACACUGGCAGCGUUUCAGCUAUGUUGCAUGGUAUCAGGGGUGUUACCGAGAAAACACCAUUAGACUGGAAUUCCAGGGUAAAGAUCAUCCUUGGAACAGCAUAUGGUAUUGCACACAUCCAUGCAGAAGGUGGCGCCAAGCUCAUCCAUGGCAAUGUCAAGUCGACUAACGUCCUCCUAGACCAAGAUCACAAUUCUUAUGUUUCAGACUAUGGUUUCAGUGCUCUGAUGAGCGUGCCAGCCAAUGCAUCUCGCGUCGUGGUUGGCUAUCGUGCUCCAGAGGCCAUCGAGAACCGCAAGAUCACCCAGAAGUCUGAUGUCUACAGCUUUGGUGUCCUCCUUAUGGAGAUGCUUACAGGAAAAGCCCUGCUUCAGUCGCAAGGGAACGACGAUGUCGUGGACCUCCCAAGAUGGGUGCACUCUGUGGUCCGAGAGGAGUGGACGGCAGAGGUGUUCGAUGUUGAGCUGAUGAAGCAUCAGAACAUCGAGGAGGAGCUGGUCCAGAUGCUCCAGAUAGCGAUGGCGUGCACGACAAGGUCGCCCGAGCGGCGUCCGGCAAUGGAGGAAGUGAUCAGGAUGAUCGAGGGGCUCCGGCAGUCCGCCUCGGAGAGCCGCACGUCCUCUGAUGAGAAAUUCAAGGACUCCAACCCUCUAUCAGUGUAAUUCUGCGCAGUGCAGCUCCCUUCAUUUGCCUCCAUCAGCUGCCAGUUGCAGCUCAUUUGAUUUCUUAGCUACAUUGUGAUCGAGUUCAUGUAAGACAUGGUUGACAUCAGGUGAAUCCAGCCCCAGAAAGACCUGAAGCUUUCUCAUCGAAA